AUGACUCGGGACAGUCUGAUCACCUCUGAGAAUGACGUUGACAUUGGACUGGAAUUUGAAGGUCUGGAGGAUGAAGUUGAUACUUUUCAAGAGGAACAUGAGAGAGAAAGACACAGAGGAAAAAGAAGGGAUGGUGAAAGAGCAAAAAAGAAGAAGAGGGGAAAUGGUGAGAGGAGAAAAAGAGCUUCGAAUGCGGGGCAAGAGGAAGAAAAAUUACAGGCCAGGCGUGAGAAAAAGGGUAGGAGAAAGAGAUCAAGCAGUGAUCAACAAGCUGAAGGGAGAGAGGGGGAUGAGGCGGAGCAGCCAACAACGAAAAGCAGUAAGGCAGCAAAAACAAGGAAGAAUGUAAAAAAUGAAAAAACAAGAAAAGUGGAGAAGGAGGAAAAGGAGGACGAGGCAGACGAUGAAGAGAGAAAUGCAAAGAGAAAAAAGAAACAUGGAAGUAACAACAAAGAAGAGAAUGUAGAGGAUGGCAAUAAACAUACAGUGAAGGAGAAAGCAGGGGAAGUGAAGAAGAAAAAGCACAAGAAAGUAGUGGAAACAAGUUCAGAGAAGGAGACAAGUGAGGAAGAGGACAGUGAAGAAGAGGACAGUGAGGAGAAAGAGGUGAGGCCAGAGACUCUGACUCCUGAGGAGCUGGAGACGCUGAAGGAGGCCGUGGACGAGAGGAAGAAACUGAUCCAGGGCCUGAGGGGAAAACCCUGGGCAAUGAAAAAGAAACUUGUGACCUUACGGGAGUCUCAGGAGUUUGUGGAAAAAUAUGAGGGAGCUUUGGGGAAAGGGAAAGGCAGAAAGCUUUAUGCGUACAAGGUCAUGAUGACCAAGAAAUGGAUGAAGUUUAAACGGGACUUUGAAAACUUCAAAACUGCUUGUAUUCCAUGGGAGAUGAAAAUCAAGGAAAUUGAAAGUCAUUUUGGCUCCUCAGUUGCCUCUUACUUUAUCUUCCUGAGGUGGAUGUAUGGCAUCAACAUGAUCUUGUUUUGUCUGACCUUUGGCCUGGUUAUGGUGCCAGAGGCAUUAAUGGGGCGGCCCUAUGGCACCAUCCCAAGAAAGACUGUCCCCCGUGCAGAGGCGCCCAGUGCCAUGGACUUCGCUGUUUUAUGGGACUUUGGAGGUUACGCUCAGUAUUCAGUCCUCUUCUACGGUUACUACAACAACCAGCGUGCCAUUGGCUGGUUGAAGUUUCGUAUGCCUCUGUCAUACUUCCUGGUUGGUGUUGGAACAGUGGCCUAUAGCUACAUGGUGGUCAUAAGAACGAUGGCCCGUAAUGCAAACGAGUCAGGGGUCGGAGAUGACAACAGCUUUAAUUUCAGCUGGAAGAUGUUCACCAGCUGGGACUACCUGAUAGGAAACCCUGAGACUGCAGACAAUAAGUUUGCUUCCAUCACCACCAUUUUCAAGGAGGCUAUCUUAGAGGAGCAGGAGAGCCGAAAGGACGACAACAUCCAUCUGACUCGAUUUCUGCGUGUUCUGGCCAACUUCCUGGUCUUGUGCUGCUUGGCAGGAAGUGGAUACCUGAUCUACUUUGUGGUGCGCCGCUCGCAGAAGUUCGCCCUUGACGGACUGGAGAAUCACACCUGGUGGGAAAGGAAUGAGGUGAACAUGGUCAUGUCAUUGCUGGGGAUGUUCUGCCCCAUGCUGUUUGACGUCAUCAGCGCCCUGGAGAACUACCACCCUCGGGUCGCCCUGCAGUGGCAGCUCGGUCGCAUCUUUGCCCUCUUCUUAGGAAAUCUGUACACCUUCAUCAUCGCACUCAUGGAUGAAAUCAACCUCAAAAGGGAAGAGGAAAAGAUAGUCAAGUUUAAUAUAACCACGUGGGAAGCCAGUCUCUACAAUAUCUCAGCAUCAGAAAACAGCACAGCUCCACCCGUCACCAUCCAGCCGGCGGAUGUCCCCAGAGGGCCCUGCUGGGAGACCAUGGUGGGCCAGGAGUUUGUCCGGCUGAUGAUAUCUGAUACGAUGACGACCUACAUCACGCUGCUGAUCGGCGACUUCCUGAGAGCUGUGCUUGUUCGUUUUCUCAACUACUGCUGGUGCUGGGACCUUGAAGCUGGAUUUCCAUCCUACUCUGAGUUUGAUGUCAGUGGGAACGUACUGGGGCUGAUCUUCAAUCAGGGAAUGAUAUGGAUGGGGGCUUUCUAUGCCCCCUGCCUGCCCGCCCUGAACCUCCUCCGGCUCCACGUGUCCAUGUACCUGCAGUGCUGGGCCGUGAUGUGCUGUAAUGUGCCGCAGGAAAGGGUCUUCAAGGCCUCAGGCUCCAACAACUUCUACAUGGCCAUGUUGCUGGUCAUCCUCUUCCUAUCCACUCUGCCUGCCAUCUACACCAUCGUCACCAUCCCCCCUUCCUUUGACUGUGGACCCUUCAGUGGGAAGAAACAUAUGUUUGAUGUGAUCCAGGAGACUCUUGAGUCGGACUUCCCCGCCUGGAUCAGUAAAGUCUUCAGCUCUGCCUCGAACCCUGGACUGGUGCUACCCUUCAUAUUGCUCAUGGUACUGGCUAUUUAUUACUUACAGUCCACAUCUAAAAGCUACAAAGAAGCUAAUGUUGACCUGAAGAAAAAACUACAGACGCAAAAUGAGGAGAACAAGAAGAAGAACAAACUAGCAGCGUUAAAGGCCCAGAUGGAUUUAGAAGAGGCCCGAAAAGCGGCAUCACCUUCUGCAGAGCAUCAAAAGAACAACAACGCUUCACCAGACCAAGAAGAUGAGGAAGAAGACCGUGGCAGAGGUCAGAGGAUGUAUCAUAGUAAAAAUGGACGCAGCCCUCCUCCUCCUCGCCAUGACGGCCAUCUUCCUGCCACCAGAGCCCCUGUACCCAGGAACUAUCACCACGGUAACCAGGGGUCUGCUGGGUACCUGCCGGGUUUCCCUCGGGAAAGUGAAGCCAGGAUGCACAGGGUGCCGAGUCUGCAGAGACACUGA